AACCCAACAACGACGGCGGUGAUAAUUGUAUGGUCGCUGUUGUUUGUCCUCGUCGGUAUGGUCGGAAUAGGAGGAAACCUAUUGGUUGUGCUCUCCGUCUUGUGCAACAAAAAAAUGAGGACGUCAAUGACCAACCUUCUCAUUACCAACUUAGCAGUGGCGGACCUUUUAAUCAUGGUACUGGGGAUACCGGAAAUAGUGGAAUUCAUGCGGAAUUUAGGAUGGACGUUAGGUCUUGUCACGUGUAAAAUAAACCGCUUCGUUCUGGUUUCCGCUCUAUACGGAUCCAUCCUAACCCUUGUGGCAAUUUCUGUGGAAAGAUACAUCGCCAUCAUUCAGCCGAUCAAGGCUCACAUCCUGUGUAACAAGCGCCGCCUGGCGGUUGUCCUUGGCUGCGUGUGGCCACUUUCCUGGACGGCAGCCUUGCCAACGGCCCUCUUCAAUUCACUGCACCACAGUGGACCAGAUAGCAUCCAGUUUUGCAUGCUUCGAUUUCCGGCCAACCACGAUAAAACAUUCCUGGUCUUCAAGUAUACAGAGUCUGUCCUGUUUUAUUACAUCCCUAUGUGUGUACAGAUUGUCCUUUACACGAUCAUAUCAAAGCACCUAUUCACUGGUACGGACAGAUUGUACCGGCGGGUGCAUGUGCGAGAUAUGCAUGGUAUGUCAGUUGAACGAGUCUCAGACGCCCUAAACGCAAGGCGCGGUGUUGUUAAAAUGCUGAUUCUAAGUGUAUUUGUAUACUUUGUUAGCUAUUCUCCUCACCAAAUUCUCCUCAUAUACAACACGGUGUCUCCUACAUCGUUCCAUGAAAACUGGUCUAGCCUUGUUUUUACAAUGAUCAUUGCAUAUGUAAACUCGGCAGCCAAUCCUGUCCUCUACAGCAUAUUUAGCCAGAACUUUCGACAGUGUUACCGCCAGUUUAUCCUGCGGUUGGUGGGCGUCAGGACUGCGGAGCGGAAGAUCCCGAAUCAUCCGCCAUCGCAGCACACCACCCAUGGAUCACCCAGGAUCUGGCGACAUAUGAGCUCCAUUACUGCGUCAACAAAUGUGUAA